GACAUCGCAGCAUGCUGGGAGAACUGCAAAAUCUACUACGAGGAGGAUCCUGAGAUUGAGGCCGUUCGAAUGGCGGAGGUGUUCGAGCAGUUCAAAUUCGGAAAAUGCCGGGAAAUUUCAACAGUCGUCUACAAUCGUUGCCAGCACAAGGAGAUGCGCCUGGAGGCUGAGAAGAUAGAGGAGGAGUUCUGGCGGGAUCUGGAAAAGUUUGAAGCUUCUCUGGAUCGCGUGAAAGGGGCGGCUUUGAGCAAAGUCGCUGCAGUUGCCGACGUUGCCAAAGGAGCGGUCGAGGAUGCUGCCAAGCAAGCCAUGCAAGAGUCAAAGAAGCUCGCGAAGCGUGCACAAGACUGGUGGAACAAACUCCGUGGAAAGAAGGGUGAAGAGCUGCAGGAGCAGCGGGACAUCCAAGUUCUCGAGCUGGCCAAGAACGAGAAGCCCCGUCUUCGCGAUCAUUUCCUGGAGAUGCUGAAGCUUCGCUUCCGGAUGGAUGGUUGGGAGGACCUCCUGGGAAUAGAAGAGGAGGUGAUCGUCGGAAUGCGCCAGCAUUGGCCUUUCUUGGAGGAGGAGUCAGAUCUUGUGGACUACCCAAAGCCACAGCCAGCCUCGCGCUACGCGCUGGAACACAUCGCUGUGGAGAGGCUUCUGCCCACCAAGUACGCGGCACCGACCGGCGUCCAAAGCGCGGCGAGUUCACAGCUCGGCUUUGACUUGAGAUAUGUCGUGGCCAGGGGGCACCUGGAAGAAGGAACUGUCAACGGCGCUGAAAGGAGCAUGAGCUUCGGAGUUCCACGAUUAGUUUGGGCGAGUACCAUGUCUGGAAAGACGGUAAAGCUCUCAAUGGACAGUGACGACAGCCUGCUCUACUUACGCCAUCAAGUGAGCCAGAGCCUGGGGCUGUCGACAUGGCAGCUCCGCUUGCUGCUCGACGGCGAGAUCAUGGACAAGAGAGGACGUCUCGAGGAGAUAGCGCCCACAGAGGGACACGAGUUGCAAGUCCUGACGGUGACAGUGCCGCUCCCCUCGGAGGUGGCGUCUCGCAGUUCCAGACUGUGGACCCUGCUUCGAAACAGGAUCACACGAGACGUGCUGUCCCGAAGUUCGUUGGCGCAGCUUGCAGUGAAAGAGCGCAUCUUGCUAGGGGAAGUGGACUUCUUCUACAACGGGGACAACUUGCUGGAGUUGGCUGCACGUAGCCUCCCUCGAAUCGAUGCCAAGGAGACUGGGUGUCUGCUCUUGGAUGGAGGCGCAGACGUGAACGGCAAGUCCUCAGACGGCUACACGCCCCUUCAGACUGCCUGCUGCCGUGGAUUGGUCGGACUGUCAGAGCUUCUCCUGCAGCGUGGAGCGAACAGGUUCACAGCAUCGCCUUCCGGAGAGGAUGCGCUUGACUGUGCGCUCGGCUUCCUUGCGGCGUGCGAUCGUUUCGGCUCCCAGGAGCGUGAGGAGGACGUGGACCUCGCAAAGCUGUGCUGUCGCCUGCGGAACAGCCGCAUCGAGCGAGCCCGCUCCUCUGGCGAGCUCGUAUCGUCCCUGGCAAAGGCCCGGCUCUGUCUGUCAAGGGUGGCGACACAGCUCGCACUCCUGGGAGGCAAGUUCGUGAAACUUAGCCAAAAAGAGGUCUUCGAAAGGAGUGGCCUCAGCGAGGCCUCGGUUCAGAGCUUCCAAAAGCAUCUCUGGGCAGGCUGGCCUGGGGCCUUCCUGACCUUUGACACCUGCAUCUCCGAGGAACCAAAGAUCCAGGAAUCCUUCGCCCAUGCGCGGUCACGUGUGCUUGCUUACCGUCUCAGCCAAAACAAGAAUACGACCUGGACCUACAAGAGUCCCAGAGGCAACAGGCGUUUCUGCUGGGUGUGGGAAUCAGACUAUCAUUGCUUCGAUUGGGACUAUGAAGUCUUUGAGCGUGGCGAGUGCUUUCUGACAAUUGGCGACUACAGCCAGAGGAAGAUGCAGAACCGCAAGUGGGAGACUGCGAAGGCAGGGGCUUGCGAGUAUGAUUGCGACUCCCUGCCUGAGCCCAUUGAUCAG